UUUAAACUGUAGCCGCGGCCGAAGACGGCUAGAGAAUGAUAUCUUAGCCGAACAGGAAUAACUAGGACUCGGGAGUCUGAGAGAGCUCCUGGAGCUCGCGAAUGUAAUACGGAGGCCUUGAGGAAGGAGUACGGAGGCCGAGAAGGAGCCGGGAAUGGGAGAAGAUUACCUCGAGCUGAGAGUUCCAUGGCUGAGAGUAGGCUCCGGGCUCCGGACCUAGGGGCUCAGCUAGGAGUUUCCAGUUGUCUGGAAAAAUGCCACAGGAGCUCACCAGGUGCUGGGAGGCAGCCCUUUUUCGGAAAGUCCUUUUACUUAGAUCUGCCUGCUGGCAAGAAUCUCCAGUUUUUGACAGAGGCCAUUCAACAUCUGGGUGGGGUAAUUGAGGGUUUUCUGAGCAAAGAAAUAAGUUACAUCGUGUCCAGCCGCAGAGAAGCAAAGGCAGAGAGUGGUGGAACAAGCCACAGAGCCUGCCCCAACCCCAGCUGCAGCGAAGUCAGAGUGGAACCAUCAGCCAUGGCCCAUCCAAGAGGCAGCCACACUAGGCUUUCCCAGAAAUCCAUAGACUCGGUGCCUAUGAGCAGAGGGAAGGAGCUGCUACAGAAGGCCAUCAGGAACCAGGGCAACAGCAGUGGAGGAGGCAGUAGGAGCAGCAGCAGCCUCCUGACCAAUGCCCGCUCCUGGGGAGUGAGGAUUCUACAUGUGGACGAAAUGAUGAUGCACGUGCAGCAGCUGUCUCUUGGUCCUUUAUGUGUGAGGAAACAAGAGCCAAAGAAACCAGAGGGAACAUGUCCAGCAGCAGAGUCAAGAACGCGGAAAGUGGCCAGACUGAAGGCACCAUUCCUCAAAAUCGAAGAUGAGAGCAGAGAACCCAAGGACAGAGAGCCAAGCCUGCGAUCAGCUGCCCGCACCGUGCCCAGGAGGAAGAAAGGGUACUGCGAGUGCUGCCAAGAGGCCUUUGAGGAGCUCUAUGUGCAUCUUCAGAGCACCCAGCACCAGGGCUUUGCCCUAGAAGCCCAUCCAUAUGCAGAAGUUGACCGGAUCAUCGCCCAGCUCAGCCACAGCUUUGCAGACAUCCCCUUCCAGGCCAGCCUCCCCAGGCGGUCAGGUUCCCCAGCUUCUGAUUGUGACCCUCUCCAACCGGAGACUCUACCCACCAGCCAGCCCUCCCAUCCCAGGGCAGCGUCUCCCAGGGUGAAGAGCGAAGACAACUGCCAGACACCAGGCACCCCAGAGCGGGAGAGGACAGUGGGCAGCGUGAAGGCACUGGCUGACCCUGCAGGGACUGGCGAGGUGCCUGGACAAGCAGCAAGCUGCCAGGAGCCAGGGGGAUCAGUCGAUGUGUUUGUGGACCCCCCAGGGACACCAGUGCCCAGGAGCCCUGCUUGCCAGCACCUCCUGACCAGAUCCAGCUUUGCAGACCUCUCUUCCGGCCCAGGCCUGGCACUUGUUGGCCACAAGCGGAAGGUUGAGUUCCCCAGCAGCAAUGCCGAGAAGAAACCGGGGGCCUCAUUUUUUGUCCCAAGAUCCCCCAGCCCCUGUGGCACCAGGGCAACCAGUGGCAGGCAUCUUCCGUCCCUCUCACUUCCAGGCCAUGAGUCCAGGCCCCUGGCCUCCCUCCUGCCCUUGUGCCACCCACAGACUGGCCUCUCCCUCCCAGACUCUUUCCCCUGGCAGCCCAGAGACAGACCAGCAGAGUUCUGGGCCACACAGCCUCCCCGGCCUGGGGGAGGCUGGCCCCCAGGGUCUGAGGAUUCUGAGUGUGCAGCCCCCAGCCCUGUAUCCCAGCAGACUGGCCAGCUCCCCAGCUGCCCAGCAGCUCCCAGCCAGCCAUCAGCCCACCUGCACUCAGCUGCCAGCGCACAGCCCCUAGGGGGGCCCACAGAGGGCGAGUCUACCUCUCUCCCCCACCCUCUGCCAGCCAGUGGGGGAGACAACUGCUCCCAGUGGCUCUGGACCCCCCAGCCUCUCCAAGUGCCCUGCCUCCCUGUCUCCCAGCCCCAGCCCCAACCCCAGCCCAAUACAGGCAGAGAGCUGUUCCUGUGAGUCCCCAAGGUACUCAGCUCUUCAUGGGGCCAGACAGCUCCAGACUGAAGGGCCACAAAUACAAGUUAUACCUCUGCUUGGUGCUGUACACCUGGCCAGGGCUGAGUACCACACAAGGACAAGCAGAGCCCCAGGAUCUCCUCAAAGAAGCCAGAAGGAGGCCCGGGCCUGGCCUUUGAGGUCCAAGUGAGCAGCUGUCACGCUAAGCUCUGUGGAGCGGACAGAGCGAGUCCUCUUGCCCACCAGAUCUUUGCACAGGACCAAGAGAGUCUGGGCUGGGGCUGCCCUCUCCUUCCCCUACCUCCAGCCGUGUUCCUGACCAGGCAGCAGGCUACAAAGGGCUUGUCCGGCCAUGGCCAGCAGCCCACACCAGAGGAGAGGCUGGCAUAGGGAGGGACCACAAGAAGCUGGAGCAGCAGGAGUCCUGGCCCGGCCUCUUGGCGGCAGGCAUUUGCCUCUGCAGAGCCGAGGGCUAAUUGGUGUUCCCCACCCCCAGCCUUCUUCCCCACAAGCAUGUGGUCUCCUGCUUUCUGAAAUGCCUGUGUUUGUGUCCCCUCCCCCAGCCCCCCACGCUCCUGCGUGCAGAUCCUCAGGAACAUAUGAAGCAGAGGAGGGGCUCAGGCUGCGGCACUUACAGAGCUCCCUCCCCCAUGCACUUAAUUGGGGCCCAGCACUGACCUUCCCCCUGAGCCCAGGGUGUGGCCAGGGACCCCUCUCAGCUCCUUUCUUCCUCCUCAGCUCAAGCUGCCCACCCAGAGUUUGCUAUUCCAGGGCCAGUAUCUCACCUGCCAACUUCCACAUCACCCUCUUCCCUCCCCUCUUUCCCUCUCCUUCCCCAAGGACCUCCCCCCAUUUCUUGCAGCCAAGCCAUUAAUCUAGAGACAGAAAUGGGUUUGCUAUCGAUUCUUUGGCCAUUUUUUUUUUAUUACUAUUUGUACUGUGGUUCUUCUCACCCUUCUAUGCCUCUGUGUGUUUGUCUCUUUAAAUGUGGAAGCUACUGGAAGCUUGGUGCUGUUCUGUGUCUCCUUUCAGAGGAAGGAAGGGGGCCUUGCUGUGGGUGAGGGCCCAAGUUGUUAGUCUGGAAAGAGAGCAACCGUGUGUAUAGCCCUCCUUAGAGGUCAGUCAUGUUUGGUCUUUGUAUCCCAUUCCUGUUAGGUUUCACAGUUAAUCGUGGUUCAGGAAAUGUAAAUAAACUUGUUAAUAACAAA